GGCAGUCAGAGCCGGCUGCCGCGGAGCCCCGGCGCGGGCGGCCUCGCCGGGGAGCGAGGCUCGGAGCCAGGAGGCGGCGCCGCUGGGAGUGAGCGCGGAGUGCGGAGCGCGGGGCCUGGCCGCCCGCCUGGUGAGAGCGCUGCGGGCCGCGGGCCGGGUCGGGGGCGGAUCAGGGGCAGCGGGGCGGCGAGGCUGCGGUCUCUGGACUAGGCGAAGGGCCGCCGGGGGCUGGAGGUCCGGAUCUUCAGUCGGGGCGCUGGGCACAACAGAGAGAAGCGGUGAGACACCACGAAGCGUUGCCCAGCCGGGCGCCAGGGCCGCCACGACCGCCCCUUUUCGGAGACUCGGCGAGGAGACCUGCCUGCGGGAGAGACCCCGGGGAGCAGGUCGGCCGGUCCGGGCUGGGGGUGUGUGUGCGUGUGCGCGCGCGUGUGUGCAUGUGUGCCUGUGAGGGGUGGUGGGCGUGUACGAGUGUGGGGGGAUGGCGGUGUGUGGCAUGUCUGUGUGUAUGAAUGUGUGUAGGGGGUGUGCAUCUUUCCGUACAGUACAUGCCGUGUGUGUGUGUGUGUGUGUGUGUGUGUGUGUGUGUGUGUGAGAGAGAGAGAGAGAGAGAGAGAGACAGGGGAGGCCGGGGGCUCACAGAGCUUGGGUUUGAACCCAUGCAGGGAGGAGAGUGGCUCGGCAGGACAGAGUGUGUGUGUGUGUGUGUGCGCGCGCGCGCGCGCGUGCAGGGGCAGGGGUAUGUGAAGGGUGAGUGUGUCACGGGCGCUAGGUGUGGCUAUGUGUGUGAUGUAAGGGUGCCGGGUGCACGUGUGUCCCUGGCUCACCCUCCCUUCCCCCACCAGAUGUGUGCGCACAGAGGAGAGAGUUCUGGGGAGGGGGUAGGAGUCCGCCGCAGCUGCCUGCAGUUUGCCCAGCUUGCCUGCCUGGCGUUCUCCUCCAGGAAGCCGGAGAUCGCCAAGCUGCCCCUCCCCCGAAUACUUCAAGGGUCCUAGGGAAGGGAACAGGCCCAGCCCCAGGAAACGGGAGGGGCGGGAGGGAAGGUGCUUCUGCCAGAUUGGGAACCUUGCUUCUCUGGCCCAGAGCCUGGGCGGCCUUCUGACUGGGCCAGCUCACUCAGCUCUGGCUUUACCCCUCCCGAGGCCCUCUGCCCCCUGGGGUCUGAGAGUGAGGGCGCCAGCACUUUUGGCCGGGGCGGGAGGUGGGGGUUGGAAUAGGUCAAGACAUCGGAAGGGCUUGCUUGUUCACAGUUAUAUGCCCAGAAGGGUGCUUGGCAAACGGUAAGCCUCUGUAAAUACUCGAGGCUCAGCAGAGGGAAGGAAGAGAGGAAUCCAUGUCUGGAAGCCCAAGUCCAUCUCUUUUGCUACUAGUUAAGGAUGAGGGCCCCUGGUUGCAGUCAGACCCCAGUUUCUGCAUGAGCAGAGGGGGAAGGAGGAACCCCCAGGCAGGGAUUUGUGCUGGGGCCUGAAGGUACAGGAAGGGCCCGGCAAGAAGAGCCAGAGCCAUGGACAGGACACUUUGCAUCCUGCCCACACUACCUGCUUCUCUGAGAUCAGAAGCCUCUCUCUGGGACAUCCAAUCCUGGGAAAGGGAAGAGGGUGGCCACAGCCAGGGCUCACAGGGCCUCUCCUCUCUCCAGGACCUUCCUCCUCAAAAGGUGCUGAAUAACUGAGUCCCUGCCCACCAAGGCCACCUGAAGCCAGGUGGGGCCAUGGCCAGGCAUGGCUGUCUAGGGCUGGGACUGUUCUGCUGCAUCCUGUUUGCUGCUACUGUGGGCCCCCAGCCCACCUCUUCCAUCCCAGGUGCCCCUGUCACCACUUUGACCCCCGCACCUCAAAGUGAGGCCUCUGUGCUGUCUCUCAACCUGGGACUUAACUUCAAAUUCCAUCUUCGGGGACCUGCUGCUGUCUGGGGGAGCCCAGUCACAGAGACCCAGCCACUCUCUCUUGGGCCAGGCCAGGAGCCAGGGGAAGAAGUGGCCAGUGGGCUGAGGACUGACCCCCUUUGGGAAUUGCUGGUGGGCUCCUCAGGGAACUCUCUCACUGAGUGGGGCUCCACCGAAGGUGGCUCAAAGCCCCGGGCCUCCUCCCUGCUUCCGGAGUCCACAUCCCGGCGCUCUGGGCCCAGCGAUGGGCCCACUGCCCCCUAUCAGCCCAGGAGGAGCACUGUGACCUGGGACACUGCUCUGAUGGUGACAGCACUUCCAUCCAGUGCUCCCAGGCCCCACCAGAGCGAGCUGGAGCUGAAGUUUGACAUGGCACUGAGAGCAGGUGCAGCCCCCACGCUUGGGCAUCGAACGCUGCCCCUGCUGCCCAGCCUGCGGGCCAGCCUGGCAGAGAUUGCUGGGCGCCUGGGACCCUUUGGAUUCUUUGGCACUACUCUGUCCCCACUCCGGAACUUCUCCGGCCUGAGCCCCCCAGGUGAAACUACAUCCACAAGCUCUGCCUCUGGAGUUUCAGGUUCUCUGGGGUUCCUUGGUACCACUCUGUCCCUGCCCCCAUACUCCCUGGAGAGGAAGCUCUCCAGCCCAAGUCCUCUGGACCCAGCUGCUUCCCUAAGUUUUGCCUCGAUUGCAACAACAUCAUUAGACCCCACAGUCCCCAUCUCUGGCCCAGAUGACCUCUCUCCUCCCGCCAGCCUCGGGAACCCUUCGGGGCAGCCAGAGUGUGGGCCAGGGUCCUGCAGCGUGGGAGAAUUGCCUGAACGCGAGGGGCAGCCUCCCGAGGCGCCGAGGCCCCUCUUUUUCCUGACCCUGGAGGCCGACUGGGCAGAGGCCAGGGCUCGCUGGGGGCUGGCCUGGGAGGCCCACGUGUACGGGCGAUUACACCGUGGACUUCCGCCCGCCCUCCCCAAUCAACCUGCGACGCAGCAUCGAGGAGGCCCUCUGCAGCGAGGCCCUGCUUGCGCCUGGCCUCUUCCAGGGCCCUGCCUUCGAGGACGCUCUGCCUGGGCUCGGCCUCUACCGCACCGCUUCGCUGGGGACCGGGGGCAGGUCCAGUGAGAGAUCAGGGGAGGCCCCUGGCCCCCCUGCGCCCCCGGAGCUCCCCUCCCCUGGGGCUUGGCCCGCAGGCAGCAGCGUCUCAUCUGGCUCGUUCUGCGGACUCUCGCGGGACAGCUCGUCCAUGCUGCUGUGUUCCAGCCCCGACAGGCCCCCGCGCUGCCCUCUGGUCUGCGUCCUCAGUCCCCCGCGGCCCUCAGGAAGCAGCCCCAGCCUCCCGGCCUCAGGAUCCUACCAGGCCCUAUCCCCACCCUCUCGUGACUCCCCAGAGCCUGCUUCUGAGCUUCAGGCCGAGGAGGCCUUGCUGCAGGAGCAGUUCCUGGACGCCUGCCGACAGAUCGACGAGCUGAGCGUGGGCAGCGACACCAUAGACCUGUGAAGAGGUGGCCACCUUGCUACCCUGCGAUAUGCCCCUUUCUGGCGCCUGCCCUGCCCGAGACCUGCACACUGUAAUCCUUCCCCAAUCCUCCCUGGCUCAGAUACCUCUCCAGAUUCCUUCCCCAUCCAGGGGUCCCUGGGUGGGUGGGUCAGCAGCCAGGCUCUAUCGAUUGGGAAUCAGUGCCACCUUCUCUGGAGCCCUGGGUGCUGAUGCCCUCAGCUGCAAAUCUAGGUUGGCAGGGGUCCCAUUUUCCUUGGCAUUCACCAGCAAUAAAGCUCCAAGGUGCUCCACUCCUGACCACCACUCCCCACUCUGGUGCUGAGUGAGAGGGGCUGUCCUCAGAGGACCCUGGGACCUGCCUCAGGCCCCCUACCCACCUCUGCCAUGCCUAGGAAUCCCACCCCUGUGUGAAUGGGACUCCCUUUCCUCCAUGUGACACCCACAGGGGUCCAUGACCCAUCUAGGAGACUUUAUAGCAGUUGGGUGGGAGGGGAAUGCUCUUAAUUUAUCAAUAAAAUAUUUUCAGAGGA